CUCCUCCAGCCCUGCCUCACUCUCGCACACACUCACACACACUCUCACACACACUCUCACACUCACUCUCGCACACACUCACCUUCAGACCGAGGAGGACCGGGGAACUGGUCCAGGUCCUGCAGAAGCAGCUUCAGCACUUUCUGGACGGAGGUGGACACCGAUGGGAGUGUGAAAGCGCGGGAGUGUGUGUUCGGUCGGAGUGUGAUCUGGGAGUGUGAGGAGUGUGACCAGGGAGUGCUCGGGGAGUGUGAGAGGCCAGGUGGGUCAUGGAUCAUCAGAGAUGGAGAUGCAACAAGUGGAGGUGGAAGAACCUGAGGAGCCUGACCGUACCGGCCUUCAUCACCACACUCAUCCUGGUGCUGACCACAGGAGCACGGGCAGCUGAACCGGUGGACGUUCUAAAGGUUCUAGAUUUCCAGAGUUCUCCAGAAGGAGUGAAGCAAACGCAGGGUUUCUGUUCCGUCAGGAGAGGAUCCAAACCCGACGUGGCCUACAGAGUGGGGAAACAGGCCCAGCUCAGCACCCCCACCAAGCAGCUCUUCCCAGGUGGGGUGUUCCCGGAGGAUUUCUCGGUUCUGAUGACGGUAAAGCCGAAGGCGGGAGUUCAGUCCUUCCUGCUGUCGGUUUAUAAUGAACAGGGUAUUCAGCAGUUGGGCGUGGAGAUCGGACGCACCCCGGUGUUCCUGUACGAAGAUCAGCACGGUAAACCCGCCCCUGAGGAAUACCCGCUGUUCCGCACCGUAAACCUCGCCGACGGCAAGUGGCACCGCGUGGCGAUCAGUGUGGAGAAGAAAUCUGUGACGAUGAUCGUUGACUGUAAGAAAAAGGUCACCAGACCCCUGAACAGAAGUGACAGAUCCGUUAUCAACACCGACGGCAUCACCGUCUUCGGCACCAGGAUCCUGGACGAGGACGUCUUCGAGGGAGAUAUCCAGCAGUUGCUGUUGGUUGCUGAUCCUCGAGCUGCUCAGGAUUACUGUGUUCAUUACAGUCCGGACUGUGAUACUCCUCACCAGGAUACGCCCCAGGCCCAGGAGCCCGAGGACGAGUAUAAUACUGAGUACACAGAGUAUGGAGAUUUCUAUGAUUACGCCGAGGGAGAACUCACACCUACUGAAGUUCCGGUUACUGAGAUUAAAACUGAAACUAAGACCAGCACCACUGAUACCGAGUAUUACGGUGAAGUGGAGUACGGAACUUUAGACGGAUCUAAAGCUGAAAACCCCACCACGUCCGUAACCAACGAAAACGUUGCGUAUGAAGAGGAGAUUGAAGCCGACUACAUCACCGGGGCGGAGCAGGUGGGAGCCGAUCCCACAGCGGCAGCGGUGGAGACCCUGGAGACGGUGGAGAACGUGGAGACCGUGGAGACGGUGGAGGAGGCUAAAAGCACCGACGGGUCGGAGGUCACGGAUUUUAAGGAAUACGAUUUGAACGAGUACGAGGCGAAGGAGCUGGAUCCUAAUCAUUACGAUGACGGAUUUUACGAUUACACCACCAACGGAGCUAAACCCACCGCCUCCGCGUACGAGGACGAAAUCGGACCCGCCGUUCCCGCCGAGACCGAAUUCAGAGAGAGCAGCGUGGGUGGAGCUUAUGGAGGUGAGAAAGGACAGAAGGGAGAACCUGCCGUCAUCGAGCCGGGAAUGCUUUUAGAAGGACCCCAAGGACCUCCAGGACCCUCCGGUAUCCCGGGAACCCCGGGUGUCCAGGGAGCUCCAGGACCUCAUGGAGAUCCAGGAGAGAAGGGUCCUGCUGGGCGUCCAGGUCUUCCAGGAGGUGAUGGGGCUCCGGGUCCAUCUGGUACUGUCAUCAUGCUGCCGUUCCGGGCGGGAGGUGAAGCUCAUAAAGGGCCGGUGGUGACGGCGCAGGAAGCCCAGGCCCAGGCCAUCCUCGCCCAGGCCAGGCUGUCUAUGAGAGGAGCCCCUGGACCAAUGGGAUUGACGGGUCGGUCUGGUCCGGUGGGUGGUCCUGGAGCUCCUGGUCUUAAAGGAGAAAGUGGUGAUGCCGGUCCUCCCGGUCCGAGAGGUCUGAUGGGUCCCCUGGGUUUAUCUGGUAAAGCAGGAAAACGGGGCCGGUCCGGAGCCGACGGAGCCAGAGGAAUGCCCGGAGAAUCCGGAGCCAAGGGAGACCGAGGAUUCGACGGGCUGCCCGGGUUACCCGGAGAGAAAGGACACAGGGGAGAGCAUGGCCCCAUCGGACCCCCGGGACUGCCCGGAGACGACGGACCCAGAGGCGAGGAUGGAGAGAUCGGACUGAGGGGGAUGCCGGGAGAGGGUGGCCCCAGAGGUCUGCUGGGCCCCAGAGGAGCCCCAGGUACCGCCGGGCAGCGGGGGCUCCCCGGACUGGACGGACCUGCCGGACCCAAAGGAAACAUGGGUCCCGGAGGAGAACCAGGACCUCCCGGACAGCAGGGUAUCCCCGGCCCUCAGGGUUUGCCUGGACCUCAAGGCCCGAUCGGACCUCCUGGAGAAAAAGGUCCUUCAGGGAAGCAGGGUCUACAUGGUUUAGCUGGAGCUGAUGGUCCACCUGGUCAUCCCGGGAAAGAGGGACCUCCUGGAGAGAAAGGAUCAACAGGUCAUGCUGGACCUCAGGGUUCCAUCGGUUAUCCGGGUCCACGCGGAGUGAAGGGAGCAGAGGGAGUUCGAGGCCUGAAAGGAGGAAAAGGAGAAAAGGGUGAGGACGGGUUCCCCGGGUUUAAGGGUGAUAUGGGUCUGAAGGGUGAUAAGGGGGAGACGGGUGUGCUUGGACCCCGGGGAGAGGACGGUCCCGAGGGCCCGAAGGGAAAAUCUGGACCACAGGGAGAAUCCGGACCCGUGGGUUCAGCCGGAGAAAAGGGUAAACUGGGAGUUCCUGGAUUACCGGGGUAUCCUGGACGGCAGGGUCCGAAGGGUUCUACUGGAUUCGCUGGUUUUGCCGGAGCCAACGGAGAGAAAGGCGGGAGGGGCAUCGCAGGAAAAGCAGGACCGAGAGGACAGCGAGGUCCAACGGGUCCUCGCGGUGGACGAGGUGCACGAGGACCAACAGGAAAACCAGGAGCAAAGGGAACCUCAGGGAACGAUGGACCCCCGGGUGGUCCUGGAGAACGGGGACCUCAAGGACCUCAGGGACCGGUUGGGCUUCCAGGACCUAAAGGCCCGAAUGGACCUCCAGGAAAGGAUGGACUGCCGGGUCACCCCGGCCAACGAGGAGAAACCGGUUUCCAAGGAAAGACGGGGCCGCCGGGACCUGGUGGAGUUGUUGGUCCGCAGGGACCGACCGGAGAAACCGGACCUGUGGGCGAGCGAGGUCAUCCUGGAUCCCCGGGACCCCCCGGAGAGCAGGGUCUGCCUGGAGCUGCUGGUAAAGAGGGUGGAAAGGGGGAUCCAGGUCCUCAGGGUCCUCCCGGGAAGGUGGGACCCGCCGGGCUGAGGGGGUUCGGUGGGCAGAGGGGGCUUCCUGGUGCUUCGGGUCCCGGUGGGCUGAAGGGUGGCGAGGGUCCUCAGGGUCCCCAAGGCCCCGUCGGAGCUCCUGGUGAAAGAGGUCCUGCUGGACCCGGUGGACCAAUCGGAUUAACCGGACGCAACGGACCACAAGGACCCCCAGGACCCGCUGGAGAGAAAGGAGGACCGGGUGAGAAAGGUCCGUCAGGUCCCGCAGGACGAGACGGGAUCCAGGGACCAGUCGGUCUUCCAGGACCUGCAGGACCUCAGGGACCCCCUGGAGAGGAUGGUGACAAGGGAGAGGUUGGUGAACCGGGUCAGAAAGGAGGCAAAGGAGACAAGGGUGAACACGGUCCUCCUGGUUCAGGUGGUCUUCAGGGUCCAAUUGGAGCUCCUGGUCCUGCUGGUAGUGAUGGAGAGUCGGGCCCCAGGGGUCAGCAGGGAAUGUUCGGGCAGAAGGGAGAUGAAGGACCCCGAGGAUUCCCCGGACUGCCAGGACCAAUCGGACUGCAGGGAUUACCAGGACCCCCGGGUGAGAAGGGAGAGACCGGUGAUGUGGGUGCCAUGGGUCCGCCGGGUCCUCCCGGACCGAGAGGCCCUCAGGGGCCCAGUGGAGCUGAUGGAGCUCAAGGCCCUCCUGGUGGUAUCGGUUCUAUGGGAGGAAAUGGAGAAAAGGGUGAGACAGGCGAGGCAGGCAACCCGGGACCUCCUGGAGAGCCUGGUCUUGGGGGUCCUAAAGGUGAAAUUGGAGAAAAGGGGGAGGCGGGACCACCUGGAGCUGCAGGACCUGCUGGAGGUCGAGGACCACCCGGAGAUGAUGGUCCAAAAGGAAACCCUGGACCAAUCGGCUUCCCUGGAGACCCAGGUCCCCCUGGUGAGCCUGGAGUUGGUGGGAUCGAUGGUCUUCCUGGGGAUAAAGGAGAUGAUGGAGAAGCUGGUCAGCCUGGUCCUCCCGGUCCAUCUGGUGAAGCUGGCCCCCCAGGACCCCCUGGGAAGAGAGGUCCCGCUGGUCGAGCUGGAACUGAAGGGAAACAAGGAGAAAAAGGUUCUAAGGGAGAUCCAGGUGCUGAAGGACCUGCAGGUAAAACCGGACCUGUUGGACCUCAGGGACCCCCCGGCAAGCCUGGUGCUGAUGGUCUGAGAGGCAUCCCCGGCCCUGUGGGAGAGCAAGGACUUCCUGGAGCUUCUGGUCAGGACGGACCCCCCGGACCCCUGGGUCCCCCCGGUCUGCCCGGUCUGAAAGGUGACCCAGGCUCUAAGGGAGAAAAGGGUCAUCCUGGUCUGAUUGGUCUGAUUGGACCUCCAGGUGAACCCGGAGAGAAAGGAGACCGAGGAUUACCUGGACCUCAAGGAACAGGUGGAGGAAAAGGCGACCCUGGUAUUGGAGGUAACCCCGGUCCCGUUGGUCCUCCAGGACCUCCCGGUAUUCCUGGAACUCAAGGUCAGAAGGGAUCUAAAGGAUCGAGUGGUUCCGCUGGUCAGAAGGGAGAACCUGGUUUGAUUGGACCCCCUGGACCACCUGGUCCUCCUGGAGAUAUCAUCCAGCCGCUGCCGAUCCAGAUGAGUAAGAAGUCUCGCAGAUCUCCGGACGAGCAGCAGGACGAUCCGGCGGCGGGGACAGGGGAGAUGAUGAUGGACUACGGGCCGGAGGGGAUGGAGGGACUGGAGGACGUGUUCGGGUCCCUCAACAACCUGAAGCAGGACAUCGAGCGCAUGAAGUUCCCCCUCGGUACCCAAGACAACCCAGCCAGAACCUGCAAAGACCUGCAGCUCAGCCAACCAGAAUUCACCGACGGGGAGUACUGGAUCGAUCCUAAUAUGGGUUGUAUAGGCGACUCGUUUAAAGUGUACUGUAACUUCACUGCAGGAGGAGAAACCUGUAUCUACCCCGAUAAAAAGUCCUCAGGGGUGAGAAUAUCGAACUGGCCGAAGGAGAGUCCGGGUUCGUGGUUCAGUGAGUUUAAACGAGGGAAAAUCCUCUCCUACGUGGACGCUGAGGACAGUUCCAUCACCUCGGUUCAGAUGACGUUCCUGAAGCUGCUGAGCUCCUCGGCCCGGCAGAACUUCACCUACAUCUGCCACCAGUCCGCCGCCUGGUACGACGCUAAAGCCGGCGGCUACGACAAGGCGCUGCGCUUCCUCGGCUCCAACGACGAGGAGAUGUCCUACGACAACAAUCCCUUUAUCAAGGCCCUGUCAGACGGCUGCUCGCUGAAGCAGGGUUACUCUAAGACGGUGUUGGAGUUGAACACGCCCCGUAUCGAUCAGGUUCCGAUCAUCGACGUGAUGCUCAACGACUUCGGCGACGCCAACCAGCGGUUCGGGUUCGAGGUGGGAGCGGUCUGCUUCCUCGGCUAACGGCUAACAGGAGUGUGGACAGCCACCAUCGCCACACACACACACACACACACAUACACACUUCUGUUGGCCAAUCCCGGCGCUCGCACCGGGUACCGUCAGGGGCACGCCCACCAUCGCCCCCGUGUGGCCAAUCGACUGAACCCUGCUCUCGGUGAACCAACGUGAGGAAUAAAGACGUGAACUGACUGGAGAACAGCGGUGCACUUUCACCCCCCAACCAACCAACCAACCAAUGGAGGAUCACUCCCUCUCUCUCCGCCCCCAAUGCCCAACAGCCAAUCAACGAGCCCGACUUCACAGUUCUACAGUGUUACGUCACUAAUUCUAGUGCCAGCAGCCUUAAUCCAACGCCCAAUCCCAAUCCCACAACCCAAACAUCCAAUUUAACCCCUUAAACUGUUCAAGAUCUGGAUAAAUAAUUUCUGUUAGUUUUAUAUUAAUUACUCAUUAAUUCAUGUUCAUUUACAGAAAAAAUCAUGACAUUUUUUUCUUUAUCUUUUCACUGAACUUUUACCUCUUUCAUAAAUUUUUAACUGAACUGCAUCUCAAAUCUUUCGGCUAAACCCUAUUUUUAAGUUAUUGACUAAACUUUUCUAUUCAUUUCUUUUACUGAACUUUACCUUUCAUUUCAUCACUAAACUUUACUUUUCUACAUUUUUACUACUUUUCCAUUAAGUUUUGACUCAACUUUAAAUAUUUGAAUGAUCUUUACUGUUCAAAGUUUAACAGAACUUUAUCUUUGAUUUUUGACUGAACUUUGUCUUUAACUUAAUGACAGAACUUUAACUUUUUUUUAUUUAACUUAACCAUCUUUUUUAUUUACUUUACCUUUAAUUCUUGCUGAACAUUACCUUUAUUUUUUUAUAACUUUAACUUUCAUUUCAUCACUAAACUUUACUUUCACAUUUUUUAAACUUUCCAUACAUUUUUUACUAAACUUCAAAUCUUUGACUGAACUUUACGUUUCAAAUGUAUUUUAACUGAACUUUAUCAUCAAUUCUUUUAUCAAACUUUUCCUUUGAUUUUUGGCUAAACCUUGUCUUUACCUUAAUGACUAAACCUUUUUACUAAACCUUAUCUUUAAUCAUUAGCUGAACUUUUCCUUUUACAUUUAAACUGAAGUUUACCUUUAAAUGUAGCUUUAAUCCGUUACUAACCUUUUCCUUUUACAUUAUAAUUAACUUUAUCUUUAAAUUAUUGCCUGAAUUUUAUCAUUACUUUUUUUGCCUGAACUUUAUCUUUAAUGUUCCUUAUUAAAGACUUUUCUGCAGUUUAAGGGGUUAAUUUCCUCCCUCCGUCCCUUUAUUUCCCGAUAUUUCUCCGAUGUUUCUCAGAUGUUCCUCCAGGUGCUCCUCAGUAAUAUUUCCCCAGAUUUUAAGGUGCUAAUGGAAAGUGUUUUGAUAUAAGUGUAAUUAUUAUUUUGUACAUUACUGUUCUUUCAGAUCUUGCAUGUGUAUCAGAAAUGCCUCUGACUCUUUCACUCGAUGAAAUGUUGGUCACUAUACAGAGAGUUUCCUCUAGUUAUCUAUUUCUCCUUUUGUUUUUAAUGUUUUAAUUUUAAAAGUUUUAAUCUGUCCCUGCUAUCAAUAAAACCAGCAUUCCAAAACCUCCCCUCCUGUAAAUACUGACCACUGUGCCCAGUUUACCUCCUGCUCCUCCCUCAGAGUUAAAUACGCCACUAGAGUUCAGAAGUGGUAUUCGAGUUAAAACUGUGGUAAUUAGAAUAUUUCUACACAGUGACUGAAGGAGAACUCCACCCACUUUCCUUAAAAUUCUCUGUAGAAUUUAAUCUGAGGUGAAUCGACUCGAGAGACGAUCAAUUUGAGAGAAUCAACUCAAGAAAACAGACUCAAGAGAACCGACUCAUGAGCAUCAACUCGAGAACUGAUUCAAUAGAAAAUCAACUCAAAAGACAAUCAAAUCAUGAGAAUCGAUUCAAGAAAGAAUCAGCUUGGGAUGAGUUGAAUCUUGGCUUGAGAGAAUCAACUCUAGAGAAUUGACUCAAGAACAUUUAAUUUAGAGAAUUGCCUCAAGAGAACUGAUUCAAUAGACGAUCAACUCAAGCAUCGACUCAAGAAAAUCAGCUCUAGAGAAUGGAAUCAAGAGUAUCGACUUUAGAGAAUUGACUAAAGACAGAAUUCAAUCAAAAGAGAACAACUCAAGUCAUUUGCCUCAAGGAAACUGACUCAUGAGCAUCAAAAGAACGGAUUCAGUAGGCAGUCAACUCAAGGGUUGACUCAAGAAAAUCUGCUCCAAAGAGCUGACUCAAGAGCAUCGACUUUAGAGAGCUGACUCAAGAGAUCUGAUUCGAGAGACAGUCAACCCUGACAUUGACUCAAAAAAUUGACUAAAUAAAGAGGGAAUCAACUUGUCAUUUGCCUCAACAUAAUUGACUUAAGAAAACUGACUCAUGAGCAUGGACUCAAUUAACUCUAGAAUCAACUCAAAAGACAAGAGAAUCAAAUCAAGAGAAUCAACUUGGAAUCAACUCAAGCAUUGACUCACAAGAAUAAGUUUUAGAAAAUUGUAAGCAUCAAAUUUAGAGAAUCAGCUUUAGACAAGAGCAUCGUCUCGAAAGCACCGACUUGAAAGAAUGAACCAAAUAUAACUGAUUCAAGAGACAAUCAACUCUAGAAUCAACUCACGAGAAUUGACUCAAUCAACAAAAUCUGAUAUUAACCCUAAUUCUACAUGUAAUCUUCGCCAUGGACCAAUUUGUCCCGAAUAAUUGCAUUAUGAAUGAAUUGCAUUUCAUAAGCUUUAUAAGAUUGAUAAACUGCGGGAUUUUCUCCAACAUUAUCUCCCACUGUCUUGCGAUGUUUUCUCAAUUCUUCUUCGAGUAUUCUAGGAAAACAGCAGCCAAUCAGAACAGGUACAGUUUUCUUCUAUUGUUCUCAAACAGACUCUGUUCACCUCUUAAUCACUUAACCACACAGAGAAUUCAGGAAAAUCGGUGGAUUUCUCCUUGUUUUUUAUGAAGCACUAAUUUCAGUCAGGGUGUUUAGGGGUGUGUAUCACUCUCUGCUCUGUAAACACUGAAAGAGUGCGACAUUAAACUCACAUCUGACUCACACCUGCGCUUACACACCAAUUAAACACGUCUAAUCCAUCGUGUUUAAUUAAUCAAUUAAGUUAAUUAAUUAAUGAGCUGUGUUUAGUAGGUGUGGAGGUGCAGGUGAGACAGGUCUUAAUUCCGUAGGUUGUGUUUUUUUCAGUGCACAGUUAAUUUAAUAUAUAGGUAAUAAAUGUUGUGAAUGCCGGUGUCGCCCACCUUUACCAUGAUGUUCUGUGAUUGGAAUUGGACGUGUUUUCAGACGUGCAUCAGUAUUAAAACUGGAUUUUGAACC